UGAGGGGUUACAAAUUAGCCUUUAGUUUGUGUUAAUAAAAAGUGCAAACUUUCUACAUUUGUUUAAAACUGAAACAAGUUUUUUUUAAUCUUUUGUCAUUUCCCAGAUGUAGAUAACUAUUUAAACAAAAGGCUUAUCGCAAAUGACAUCACUGGAGAAAUAUUAACCAGUAGGAAGAAAUAUAACGAAGGUUUUUUGCUGGCAUUUUACAGUUCAGGUUUAUCGGGGGAACCUAUACAGUAUGUGGAUGAUAUAUAAAAAAUACAUGAAAAUGAAAGGGUUUGUAUGGAUUCUUGCUUUACUGAACUUUGCUGCUACUGUGACCCACGGCACAACGACACCAUGUAGUAAACCUGAUAUACCAAAGGGCUAUUUCUAUCCAGACAAGGAGCUUUACGGAACAGGAGACCAGAUUUUUUAUGCCUGUGAGACAGGGUAUCAAACUAUCAAAGGACAAUGGUGGGAUACAAUGGAAUGUACACCCACCGGGUGGUCUGCCAUUGGUUACUGUGCUGAAGUGCCUUGUGACGUCCCACCACAAGUAAAAGAUGGAGUUGUUAUAGCAGGAAUUAAAAAGUAUUACACUGGAGAUGAAGUGGAAUAUAAAUGUAGAAAUGCAUUCAUAAUUGAAGGACCCAGUAAAGUUGUGUGUGAAAAUGGAAAGUGGACCACACCUCCAGUAUGUGUAUUGGCUAUUUUCAGACGCUGUGAACCUCUAAAAAUAGAUAAUGGGUAUAGGGUACCAGAAAAGAGCACAUAUGAUCCGAAUGAAUCUGUGGAACUUGGGUGCUAUCCUCCGUAUGAAUUAAAAGGACAACGUAAAAUAACCUGUGAAAAUGGACACUGGACUGAAACACCACAAUGUCAACGUAAUGGUGGGACAUGUGGACCUCCGCCUACUGUUGAAGAUGGGAUAAUUAUUAAAAGAAAUGAAGGGAGUAAAUCAGUUACCUAUGAAUGUCAAAGGUACUAUGUACUGGAAGGAGACUCGACUAUCAGGUGUCACUCUGGAAAGUGGUCAGACGCGCCCACAUGCAUAGGACCUUGCAUUAUAAACAAAGAACAAUUAAAAGAAAAGAAGCUUCGGGACCCACAAACAAUAUAUCUGGAACAUGGGAAGAGUCACAAAUUUGUUUGUAAAUACGGAUAUUAUAUGAAAGAUACACCGUAUAUAACACAGGUGGUCAAAAUGUGUGCACGUGGGCAAAUGGAUGUCCCAGAAUGCGUAUAUUACUGAGGGAGUCAAACUUGGAUCUUUCAACAAGUAAUAUUCGCUGGAAUGAGAAGAGGAGGGGAAGACAUUUCAUUUAGAUUUAGAUUGUCUUUUGCAUUUUGUUUUUCUGUAGUUUUCUUUUACAGCUACAGCAUAAUAAAUACACCCUGAAUUAUUUCUAUUUUGUGUAUAUGUCCAUCUACUAUUGUUGGCUGACACAAUUAAAUAUCAUCCAAAAUGUG